AUGGAGCUACGGGGUUGUGGUCAUCUUCAUUUCAUUCAGGCUAUUAAAGGUGGUUUAGUUACAAAAGUCCCUAAUGUUGCUCGUGGACAACCGAAACUUAAAUUUAAAAAUAUGACAGACGUAUAUGAUGAUGGAUUAUUGUCUCAUAAUGAUGAUGGACUGGCUGAAAGGUCAUGCUUUGAUGAAUUUGAGGAAAACAAUGUGAAAACCAAUCCUGAUGCUUCAGUAUGUAAUGGCAAUGAUGCUGAUCAUCCGAUAGUCAAUAAUUUGGAUGACGACGACUUUGACAAUCUCACCCUAAGCCAAAUUAUAGAUAGUUGCAAAACAAGGAAGAGAAAACACUCACAAUCUCUCGACUCUUCUAGAAGAAACAUAAAAAUUGAAGAUUCAUCAUUCCCGGAGGACUACAAAGAGGAGCUAAUGGCAGUUGAUGAUGACUCUGAUUUCAUGGAGACUCUCAGUAGCUGGAAAUCUAAACUAUCAAAUAAUGUGAAGGCAAAGAAGCAAAAAUGCUUCAAAGAACCAACCUCUAGUUAUACCCAAGAGGUUAUGAUGCUAGUUGUCAAAUCCGAAGAGAUCGUAGACUAUCAGGAGUUCCCACCCACUAAUGAAGAGGUCCAAAACGGUCAAGUGUUACCACCCUCUAGUGAAGAGAUCCUGGACUGUGAAGAGUUCUCUCUAUCCAACGAAGAGAUCCAAGGAUGUCAAGAGUUCUCACCCUCCUGUGAAGAGAUCGAAGGCAGUCAGGAGUUCCCGCCCUCCAGUGAAGAGAUUGAAAGCAAUAAAGAGAUCAUAUCCUUUACUGGAGAUUCAGCUGCCCUUGUCGAAGUGACAUAUGAUGUUCCUGUAACUGACUGUUUCUGCGGGCCAGAUGACUAUUCCAGUACAGAAGUACAAGAAGAGAUAAUCUAUAAAUGGAAUUUGGAGAGUGAAUUGAAAAAUGAGUGGCAAAAGUGUGUUAGUUUUCUUCCAUUACGAAUGGUGAGGCCCUUCAAUAUGGAUAUUGUGAUAAAUAAUUCUCAACUAAGCAAUGACCAGUCUCCAGACUUGCCUGCAAUAAAAUUUGAGAGUGAGGAGUGUAUCGUCCAUCCAUAUCUCCAUUACAACGCCCCUCAAGUAAUGUCUAUGGUUGAAGAUCAUAACUCUGAUAUUCAUGACAGUCAACUGGAUGGUGACACUGACGCUGCAGUCUCCCUACCUAAUGCGGGUACUCAUAAAGACAUUGACUGCCUCGGUAUAGAGUUUAAAGAUGAUAAUACUCUCCUUGGUGACUGCAGUAAUGAUGAAUUUACAACUGGUGCUGAGGAUCAGGUAGAAGUAGAAUCUAACCGUACAAUUGAACAUGGCCUUGAUCUUGAUGGAUGUCUGGUUCGUUGUUCAGAUGAUCCACCUGAAUAUGAGGAAAAGCAAUCAGUUGCUUCUGUAAACAAUGAAUGUAAUGGUAGUUCAAAGAUGAAUGAUCCUGAAAGAUUGUUAUCAACAAGAAAGGAAAAGCUCUGUAAAGCUGUGGAGUCUAUUGAAUUGAAUCAUAAAAACAAAUUGAGUAUGUGA